AUGGCGGUGGCGACGGCUCGGUGGCUCAUCCUGUUCCUGGCCGUGUCGGCCACGGCGUGGGCGUCGGCGGACGAGGAGCAAUGGAAGGCCGGCGGUGCGGUGGGCGGCCAGGUCGUGCAGAAGGAGAAGCGGAGGGUGGUCGCGGCGAGCGAGGCCGGCACCGUCACGGCCGCCGACGUCGUGGACGCGGCGGGCACGGUGUACCGGCUGCAGUUCAUCACCAUGGAUCCUGGCGCCCUGUUCCUCCCCGUGCAGCUGCACGCCGACAUGGUCUUCUACGUGCACAGCGGGAGGGGUAAUGUGACUUACAUCCAAGAAGGGGCCAGCGAAUCAAGCUCGCUGGAAGUGGAGCGAGGAGACGUGUACAACUUCGAGCAGGGCAGCAUCUUGUACAUCCACAGCUACCCAAACGCCACCAGAGAGCGCCUUCGGAUCUAUGCCAUCUUCAGUAGCAACGCCAUCGGCUCCGAUGAUCCCUCGCAUCCGACGUCGGAAGCAUACACGAGCGUCAGUAAUCUACUGAAAGGAUUUGAUGUCCAAAUUCUUCGGCUCGGAUUUGGGGUUUCCCCUGACGUGGUGGAGGCGAUCAAAUCGGCGAAGAGGCCACCGUCGAUCAUACCAUACAACCCAGAUCAAGAGAAAAAGCAGGAAGGGGAGUCGAGUUGGACGGAACAAAUCUUGGAUGCGCUGUGGGGAAUCGGCGAUCCAGUGAACAAGAAGAAGAAGAAAGAGAAGAAGCAGAAGGGCAAAAAGGAGAAGUCCAAGACAUUCAACUUCUACUCGGGCAAGCCGGACGUGGAGAACUGCUUCGGAUGGAGCAAAACCAUGACCAACAAAGAUCUGCAGAACCUGAGGGGGUCCGACAUUGGCAUGUUCAUGGUGAACCUGACCACGGGAUCCAUGAUGGGGCCUCACUGGAACCCGAAAGCGACGGAGAUCGCCAUCGUAACACACGGAUCAGGAAUCGUGCAGACGGUAUGCCCGAGCAGCCCGUCGAGCGCCGGAGGCGACAGCGGCCACCACAAGCAGGGCGGCAGGGGUGGCCAAGGAGGCGAGAGAAACCACCACGAGCAGUGCAAGAACUCGGUGUUCCGGGUGAAGGAAGGCGACGUGUUCGUGGUGCCGAGGUUCCACCCGAUGGCGCAGAUGUCGUUCAACAACGGGUCGUUCGUGUUCGUCGGGUUCAGCACCCACAUGGGGCAGAACCACCCGCAGUUCCUGGCCGGGAGGCAGUCGGUGCUGCAGGUGAUCGGCAAGGAGAUCCUGGCGCUGGCGCUGGGGCAGAAGAACUCCACCGCCGUGGAGAAGCUGCUGUCGGCGCAGACCGGGUCGACCAUCAUGGCGUGCAUCUCGUGCGCGGAGGAGCUGGAGAGGAAGGCGGAGCAGGAGGAGCAGGAGGGUGGGCACGGGAAGGAGCAGAGGAGACGGGAGGAGGAGGAAGAGAGGGCGAGGAGGGAAGAGAAGGAACGGAAGCAGAGGGAGGAGGAAGAGAGGGCGAGGAAAGAGGAGAAGGAAAGGAAGCAGAGAGAGGAGGAAGAAGCAAGGAGAGAGGAGAAGGAGCGGGAGGAGGAAGAGAGGGCGAGGAGGGAGGAGGAAAAGCAGAGGAAGCGCGAGGAGGAGGAAGAAGCGGCAAGGAGAGAGCAGGAGGAGGAAGAAAGGCGCAGGAGAGAGGAGGAGGAAGGCGGCGGUGGACAAGGCGGAGGAGGAGACGAACCACCAAGAGAGAAAGAGGAGGAAGCAGGAGGUCGUGGCAGAGGUGACGAGCCGCCGGAAGAGGAGGAGGAAGGCGACUGGGGAGGAGAUUCAGCCAAGAACCUGAAGAAACGCUACCGUGUUCGCAAGGGCGCCAUGUUCCGCAGCGCCUGAAGAUCGACUGCUCGAUUCCCCCUCGCAUUGCAUUGCAUGCUUUCUGCAAUUCCGCUGUGAGCUUUCCUGCGUAGUAAUAGUACGAAUAAUGGUGG